ACAUUAUAGCGGAUGUAGCUGCAGUGUACCGUCCACUGGCAACCAUGUAGCGCCGAGCGCAGACAUAUUUAGUCCGAAGUUGUAAAUUUACAAUAUUUUCGUUUUUAUUUUAUACCAAUAUCAGGACAGGAGAAUGUUUUGUAAGGAUAAUUACGUGAACGCGUGAGCCAAGACUGAAACCGAAGCUCCCUUCGCUUUAGGUUUGAAAGGGAGGGGGCAUUUUUUUUAGGGGGGCUCUUCCUUAAAAAAAGAAACAACAACUAAUAGAUUAAUCUCGACUCGGCUUCAUGGCCUCAAAUGUCUUAAUAAACACGUUAGAGACACCGAAGGAGACGGGCGUGUAGCACUAGCGGAUACGGGGGAAAGCCUGGUGUGAUAGCUUGCACCAGGGCUGUAGUGUGUAUCCGCGUUACCGCCCCCCCUCCUCUCCCCAAUCCAACGCCGUCAAUAGCGGUCCGACGAUAAACCCGCGAGGCUCCCAAAUCCGCCGCGCGCCAUGGGGAAUACAACAUCCUGCUGCGUGUCGUCGAGCCCCAAGCACCGGAGGAACAACCACUCGAGACUGGAGCCCUAUCGACCGGAGCCGGAGCUCAGUCGUGAGGACACGGGCUGCAACCUCCAGCACAUCAGCGACAGAGAGAACAUAGACGAUCUUCCCAUGGAGUACAACCCCUCGGAUCACCCCAGGGCCAGCACCAUCUUCCUCAGCAAGUCACAAACUGAUGUUGUGGUGCCCAACAGAAAAGUUCGAGAAAAGCGGAAGAGCCUUUACAUCAACCAUUUUACACACAUUUCGGAAAAUAAGCAUCAUCCAGGCCCUGUGAGACGGAAGUACAGCUCCUGUUCCACUAUAUUUCUUGACGAGAGCACCGUCAGUCAACCCAACCUCAAAUACACCAUCAAAUGUGUAGCCCUUGCAAUUUAUUACCACAUAAAGAACAGAGACGUUGACGGACAGAUGCUGUUAGACAUCUUUGACGAGAAGCUGCAUCCUCUCACGAAAUCGGAGGUUCCUUCUGACUAUGACAAACACGAUCCGGAGCAGAAGCAGAUCUACCGCUUCGUCAGGACUCUGUUCAGUGCAGCUCAACUCACGGCCGAGUGCGCCAUCGUCACUCUGGUCUAUUUGGAGAGGCUCUUGACCUACGCCGAGAUCGACAUUUGCCCAUCCAAUUGGAAGCGCAUCGUGCUUGGAGCCAUCCUCUUGGCUUCAAAAGUCUGGGACGACCAGGCGGUCUGGAACGUCGACUACUGCCAGAUUCUCAAGGACAUCACUGUGGAAGACAUGAACGAGCUGGAGCGCCAAUUCCUGGAGUUGUUGCAGUUCAACAUCAACGUGCCGUCCAGUGUUUACGCCAAGUAUUACUUCGAUCUGCGCUCGCUGGCCGAGGCCAACAACCUCAGCUUCCCUCUGGAACCCCUCAGCAGGGACAAGGCCCAGAAACUAGAGGCCAUCUCUCGAGUGUGUGACGACAAGUAUAAGGACUUGAAGAAACUAGCCAAGAAGCGAUCUGUGAGUGCCGACAACCUGACGGUGGUGCGUUGGUGUCCAGCCAUCAUUUCCUAACACCGGCCGCCUGCAGGGGGAGCAAUUGGCACAGCGCUGACAGCGUGACGGCGCCCUCUCUGCAAGCUGGAAAGAAAGGAAGUCCGGCCGGCUGCCGCUCCGAACCAAAACGCAGGUUCUGCUGGAGAUGAGAGGCAGAACACAAACACAUAAGCUGCAAAGGCGUCCAUCGUUCUCUCUGAGUCUCUCCCAGUAAAGCGUGGAAUGAAGGAGCCGUGUCCUUCCUUAUGAUUUCAGCCAGGGUGUUCAAGCAUUACACGAACUUGAUUUUAUUUUUGUACUACAGCCUAAAGGCGCUCUUCAGUUCUCCCUUUCUUCUGUGUUUUGUUCUUUUGCAUCCUCAUCUAAGCCAAAACACGCCACUGUUUUUCUUUUUUUCUAGACUCACCUAAUUGAUGAAGCCGCAUAUCCUGGCAGAUAAAGCAAUAUUCCUGCAUCCUCCUACUGGCCUGAUCAGUCUUUGAUAUUUGGGAGAAGAGUUGUUGAGACAUACUGUAGAGUUUACAUUCUUCACUGCCAUCGUCCCAACCUGUGGUGCCUGUAAUAAGCUCGGUAAAACACCUGAAAUAAUCCCAAAAGUUUUCCCUUUUUUUUGUUAUGCGGAUCUUCCAGCUCAAAAAGGAAACGACACAGAGUGGAAAGUUCUCCUGAAGCGGAAGAGGAUCGACCUUUGACCCGGCUCCCAAACUGAGCCCGUAUAAGCUUUUCUAAAUUCUUUGUACAGUGUAAAUACAGUGGAGAAUUGUAGAUUGAAAUAUGCUUUGGAAGAAAAAAAAACCACUGAAAAAGGAUAAAAGAUUUAAGAUUAUUUAUAUUAGAUUGGAUUUUAUGACUGGGGGAGGCAGAAAAUACCUGUGACUUUAGUGCUCUCAUAAUAAAUUGUGUUUGGAGAAAAGCGUUUCAAUUUCAAAGGGAGACGCCACUUUUCUUUUUGUUUGCACUUCCUAAAAUCCCAGUUUUUGAUUUCAAAGGACUAAAAGAUUUGCUAACCGUUCCUCCAUUUCCCGGUGACUUUAUUCCUGUUGCUUCUUUGUCAGAUGUUUGUGGUCCUAAAAGCAGAAGCCAAGUGUUGCGUACGUUUUUUUUUUUUAUUUUAUUUUGAGUAUCCUGCUUGCAUAAAAGCUAAAUUGUCUUAAUGAGGGUUUUUUUAUAAAAAUAAAAAAAAGUAAAAUGUUUUGAUGGCAUUGGUUGGAUUAGGCGCAAGUUAGAGAAAUUAAACUUUUUGUAGAAAUAUUUAAUCAACUCUCGAUUCUCUACUUCAUCACUAAUUGUAAAAAUACGGUUUAAUUUUUUUAACAGCUGGAAAGCUUUUUAUUAAAAUUAGGUCAAAUUUCUGCAGGAUUUUAUUUUUAAUUGGAUCGUUCCAUUUCCAUGAAUUGACAUCAUGUUUUCUUUUUCUCUCCAAAAACUCCUAAAUCCGCAUUUAAAAAAAGAAAAGCUGCAAGAAUUAAGGAGGGACCAAAUGUUUCCCAAGUCUUUGAUGAAUGAAGUAAAAGAAAGGAGCCGUUUCCUGCCACCCGGGUGUCUUUAGAGGCUGAUUACAGAGAUUGUAUGAGCAUAUUUAUUGUGUUUGUGUGAGUGCGUGUGAGAGAGUACGGUCCAGAGAUGAGCAUGAUGCCACAAGCUGGACAGCGAAGAUCAGGACGGUGUGGCGUUCCAUGUGUCCCGUGCACUGACCUCUACCUCUGCAUAGAGUCUUCAAUCCUUCCCUUAGCUCCCCCUCCUCCAACUGUUGGUAUAUUUUUUGCUUUGAUCCGCUUUUGAUCAUGAUAACGUCAUGUGUGAACAACAGAUCUGCUGUUCCCCUCAUCCUGACAUGUUCGACAAUAUUUUCCUUCAUCUGUGAAAUUUCUUUUCCUGCUUGAGUUUCCGUUCUCACUUUUGCCAAAUUGUUCUUCUCUUUGUUUCCGACAUGCAACAGUUCCUCUUCUAAAGCAAUGUUUGGUAAAAUGUGCAACAAUUAAAUUUUCAACCUUGUUAUAAAAAAAUAAGCAGA